ACCUCAAGAAUUCAGUGUUAUCUACAUAAGAGGAGUGAGUCAAGUCAUAAGAAGGCAGUGCAAGAUAUUCUAGCCCUACUUACAAGAGCCACAGAACCCAUUAUUAAGGAGAAAAUUUUCACACUAAAUACUGAAGCAAGUUUUCCUUGUCCUUGAGUGUACCUGUAGCUGUGUGGUGUGUUUGUCCAGCAAGAGAAAGGUUUACCAGAAUAAAUAUUUGUGCAGCCGAAAGUGUUGCUAAUAGCAGAUUCUUGGUGCCUGACUCAGGAUGUUUGGUCCUUCUCCACAAUGAAUGAGUGUUACUAUGACAAGCGGAUGGACUUUUUUUACAACAGGAGCAACACAGACACUGCUGAUGAGUGGACAGGAACAAAGCUUGUGAUCGUGUUGUGUGUUGGAACAUUUUUCUGCCUGUUUAUUUUUUUUUCGAAUUCUCUAGUUAUUGCCGCAGUGAUCAAAAACAGAAAGUUUCACUUCCCCUUCUACUACCUGUUGGCUAAUCUAGCCGCUGCGGAUUUCUUUGCUGGAAUUGCCUACGUAUUCCUGAUGUUUAACACCGGCCCCGUGUCAAAAACUUUGACUGUCAACCGCUGGUUUCUCCGCCAGGGGCUCCUGGACACCAGCUUGACCGCCUCUCUGACCAAUCUGCUGGUGAUUGCUGUGGAGAGGCACAUGUCAAUCAUGAGGAUGAGGAUCCACAGCAACCUGACGAAAAAGAGGGUUACGCUGCUCAUUUUGAGUAUCUGGGCCAUCGCCAUCUUUAUGGGGGCUGUCCCCACCCUGGGCUGGAAUUGCCUCUGUGACAUCUCUGCCUGCUCUUCCCUGGCCCCCAUUUAUAGCAGGAGUUACCUCAUUUUCUGGACAGUGUCCAACCUUGUGGCCUUUUUCAUCAUGGUUGUGGUGUACCUGCGGAUCUACAUGUAUGUCAAGAGGAAAACCAAUGUUUUGUCUCCACAUACGAGUGGGUCCAUCAGCCGCCGGAAGACACCCAUGAAGCUGAUGAAGACAGUGAUGACUGUCUUAGGGGCCUUUGUCGUGUGCUGGACCCCAGGCCUGGUGGUUCUGCUGCUUGAUGGCCUGAACUGUACGCAGUGUGGCGUGCAGCAUGUCAAAAGGUGGUUCCUGCUGCUGGCGCUGCUGAACUCUGUCAUGAACCCCAUCAUCUACUCCUACAAGGACGAGGACAUGUACAGCACCAUGAAGAAGAUGAUCUGCUGCUUCUCUCAGGAGAGGAACCUGGACAGACGUCCCUCCCGCCUCCCCUCCACCAUCCUCAGCAGGAGCGACACGGGCAGCCAGUAUAAGGAAGACAGUAGCAGCCAAGGCACGGUUUGCAACAAGAACAGUUCCUAAGCUGUGGGUGUCCCCAUGCCCACAAGGGCCUCCUCUGGGAGAGGAGCUGUGAAGAAUGGCUGCCUGUCUCUAACAACACCCACCUACAGUGUUAUUUCAGGUCUCAACCACUGGUGGAUUUUUUUUGAAAAAUUAUUUUACAUAGUUUCAAAGCAUGGGCAGCAAAGAGGGGACAUGCUCCAUUUGGAGAAAAUGCACAAAAGAGGGAAGACAGUGCAGUGGAACCCUCAGUGAUGUCCUUGGAACCACUCAGAGCACCAACCCCGGCCCUGCCGCCAUCUUGUAGCCAUUCUCUUUGUGUUUUAAAAGGAUGUUGUUGAUAGAGGGCUUAAGCCAAGAUAAAUAAUAAUGUUACUUGAGCCACUUGAUGUAGCUGCUUGGAAAGCCUAUGUAGUUCUUUCUGCAUGCAUUUAAAAUUUUGAAAACGCUUCAUCUAUGAUAUUUGUUUCCUCAAAGAAACCAUGGCCCAUAGCUCGGUGUUCAGUAGGGAUCUCAGAGUCACAAAUCAGUAAGGGCUCCAGAUUAGACUUGAUUUUUAACUAGAAGAACAUUCUGAGGAAGAAGAUUUAGUUACUAACAAAAAAAGGUAAAUGUUAGAAACUUUCCUUGAAGCAGGAAAAAAGGCCUUGAUGUGGUCAUCUAAGUGUGCAUGGGUGUGUGCACACACUUGUAUGUUUAAACAUUUCUAAUUUGUAUUUAAAGACCUCAAGGACAGUAAUGGUGAAAGAAAGUCACUGGCCAUCGAGACUGUUCAGUCUAGGACUAUAGCUGUAAAAAUGACCUGUUGUGUUCUAAAAGAAAAGAGAAAGAGGUGAUUCAUUGGCAAAUAGACAUACAGACAUACAGCAGGGUGAAAGGUGAUAUUGAUAAAUGGGCUGAAUUCCAUUCAUAUAGGAUAAAAUAGGAGGUUGACUUAAGCCUUUAUCUUCAUUACCUUUAUACCACUAAUGGCUUGUCAGACUUAGUAUGUGGAAUAAUUUUCUUGUUUCAUAUUUUGCCCACACUUACCGACAUAUAUUUCUGGUACUUGUCUUACUUAUGAACUGGAUUUUGAUCCAUGCUCAAUUUUAAAAUUUUCUCCUUCAAAGAACUAAGUAAGCAACAUGAAAAGCUAGUCAGUUAAAAAAAAAAAAAGUGUCAUACACAUAGGCUACUGACCAAAGUUUUUUAUAUAAAGAAUUUAGAAUAUAUUCAGAUUUUAAAAUAAGAAUAACUUCAAGGCAGUUAUAGUAUUUAUGUAGUUUGCAAAAGAAGUUUACAUUUUUUUGCUAUUGUGAUGUAACAUUUACGUGCAAGAACUACUUGGAAUAAAAGGAUUUGAAAAGUUGAGCUUUUUAGAUGUAAUAGCCUAAAAUGGAGAGUAUUAUGAUUUGAAGGUGUAGAUUUCACAAACUCCAUGUAGUAAGUGGGUCUAUCUGAAGCUUAUAUCAAAGCUACCGAUAAAAUAAAAUAAAAUAAAAUAAAAUAAUUUGUUCUCUC